CUACACCAGAGACUUAGCCUAUACACCAAUGGAAACGAAACAUAUACAUUCGUUCCAGCCGAGCCUGUUGGUGCACGCUCGCUGACAAUCUACAGGAACUCGGGUGAUAUCGUCCUCAAUUCUCCAAAUACCCCUCUUCCCGCGACGUCUGAACGCUCUGGGAAGACGAUAUAUGGAAUCCUCGGAAUGGUCACACUGGUGAUGUCGGAGUACAUCAUCAUCAUCACCGGCCGAGAAUUACGUGGCCGCUUCAUGGGACACAAUGUCUACCGCGCCACGGACUACGACAUUCUUCCGCUGAACCCAGACGUCUCCGUACAGACUCCCCCAUCCGCAGUCGAAUCGCACCUCCUGGCACUUGUUCGCUCGCAUCUCUACGGAGGUUACUUUCUGUAUAGCUACGGCUGGGACCUCACCCGCAGACUGCAAGCCCAAUGGCAGACUCUCGACGAUGACGCUGGGAAAGCGUUAUGGGAAGUUGCGGAUGAUCGGUUCUUCUGGAACAGGUUCCUUCAAACGCGUCUGAUAGACGUAACAUACUCUAGCGGGGACCAAAACCUCAGCCCGUACAUUCUCCCGGUAAUUUAUGGCACUUUCGACAUACGCCCUGCAAGGGUCAACGGACAUCAUAUCCGCUUGUGCCUCAUGAGCCGCCGCUCGCGCUACCGUGCGGGCACACGCUACUUCCGACGCGGCAUCGACCAUGAAGGACACGUCGCCAAUUUCGUCGAGACUGAGCAGAUGGUGCUUGUGGAUGAACCCAGCCAAGAUAGCAGCGAUGAAGUGAACGCGCAACUCAGCUUUGUGCAAAUUCGAGGCAGUAUCCCCCUCUUCUGGGCGGAGAUCAACACCCUUCGGUAUAAGCCGGAUUUACAAAUCAUGAGUCUGCAGGAUACGUUAGACGCUGCGAAGAAGCACUUCGAAGAGCAGGUCUCAACGUACGGCGAGACGAGCCUUGUCAGCCUUGUUAACCACCAGGGCUAUGAGAAGCCGGUGAAGGAUGCUUACGAACAGACGAUACGCGAGCAGCUCAACCUUUCACAAGUGCGGUAUCAGUACUUCGACUUCCAUAGCGAGUGUAAGCACAUGCGGUGGGACCGCAUCAGCGUGCUCAUCGAGCAAUUGGAGGAAGACCUCAAACGACAGGGUUAUUUCCACCUGGAUUCGAGGAAGCCUGAACCUGUUCAGCUCCAGAAGGGCACCAUCCGCACGAACUGUAUGGACAACCUCGAUCGCACGAAUGUUGCUCAAGCCGCGCUCGCGAAGUGGACUCUGAACAGGCAGCUCAGAGAGCUCGGCAUUCUGAACGAACACGAGGCGAUUGAUAGCUAUGAGGAACUCAUCAGGGACUUCCGUGAAAUGUGGUCCGACCAUGCCAACGAGAUCUCUAUCGCGUACAGCGGUACUGGUGCCUUGAAGACAGACUUUACCCGCACCGGCAAGCGCACGAAGCUCGGGCUGUUGGAAGAUGGCUACAAAUCCAUCAUGCGCUAUUUAAAGAACAACUUCUUUGACGGCGCGCGUCAGGACGCGUUCGACCUCAUGACAGGCACCUGGACGCCCCGUCGAGGUUGGUCUCCGCAAACACUGGUUUCAGAUCGCCGGCCGCUCGCAACACGCGCGAUGCCGUACGUGUUGUGGUUCUCGAUCUUCAUGAUCUUCGCAGGCCUCACGCUACCCCGCACCUCUGAUUACUCUCUCUUUUACUACUUCCUGCUCUGGUUCAUCCUUGUCGCCAUCUCACUGGCCUUCAUCGUUAUCCACGGUAUCGAAUACGUCAACUGGCCCCGUCUUCUACCGCUCUCCGACAUUGUGCAUUAUGACGGCCCUGGCUUCCGCUCUGGACGCCACGGGAUUGGCUUCGGUAUCCCGUCGCUGGAUCCUGCUCGCGCGAACGAGAAAGCAUUCCUGAACCACAAACGGGCUGGUAGUAAGCUGGGGCAGAUUGAGAUGGGAGAGAAACAUAGGAUUGACUGAGGCUCGUUGUCUCUGGUUUGUGGGCGCUCUUCCUCUCGUUGUGGAUUGUGUUCGUGGGUACUCUAGAUGCUGCAAUGCUAUUAUUCUUGAAUCAGUAGACGCGUCAUGCACGU